GAUGUUCAUUGUUCACCAGCUAGUUUCAUCAGCUUCUCUCUCUCUCUCUUUCUCCCUUUGAAUCCAAGGCUCUUUCUUUAGUAUUUUGUUUCACUUCUCUCAAAGCAAAGCUCAAUCCCUUCCCUCUAAUUCCAACACUUCUCCCAUCUUUCUGUGCCCAAAAAACCAUUUUUUUUCUUUUUCUUUCUGUUUAUCUAAUGAGGAAACUUUGUCCAAAUUAUGAUCUUCCAGAUGCGCUGGAUACUGUCCUGGAAGUUCCAAUCCCUGAAGAAAUGUUUGCUUCAAACAAGAGUGGUAACCGGCCAUGGCAGAACAUGAAAUCUUGGAUGAACUUGAAACCAAAUUCCGAAAGGUCGCCAGCUUUGACAGCUCUUUUUGGAGGAAGGAACACCGAGAUUCAGCUCUUGCUUGGAGUCAUUGGAGCUCCUUUAAUCCCUCUUCCUAUCAAGCCUGAUCAUGAUCAUUCCAUCAGCAAAAACAUCAAGGAUCAUCCCAUUGAGGCAUCGAUGGCAAAAUACAUAGUGAAGCAAUACAUAGCAGCAGUUGGUGGAGAGAAGGCUUUGAAUUCAAUAGAUAGUAUGUAUGCAAUAGGGAAGGUGAAAAUGGCAGCAUCAGAGUUCAGUGCAGGGGAAGCCAGUGUGAACAACAAGAUUGUAAAAGUGAAGAAUUUGAGAAAUGGUAGUGGAGAGGUAGGUGGUUUUGUGCUGUGGCAGAAAAGGCCUGAUCUUUGGUGCCUGGAAUUGGUGGUUUCAGGCUGCAAAAUUAGUGCUGGCAGUGAUGGAAAAGUGGCCUGGAGGCAGACGCCAUGGCACCAUUCUCAUGCUUCCAGAGGCCCUCCUAGGCCACUUAGGCGUUUCUUGCAGGGUCUUGAUCCAAGGUCGACAGCAUAUUUGUUCUCCAAUUCGGUUUGUGCUGGUGAAAAGACAAUCAAUGGUGAAGAUUGCUUCAUCCUAAAACUAGAGGCUGAACCUUCAACACUGAAAGCUAGAAGUAGCACCAAUGUAGAGAUAAUUAGGCACGCAGUUUGGGGCUACUUCAGCCAAAGAACAGGCCUCUUAGUCCAACUCGAAGACUCUCAUCUUCUAAAAAUCAAAGCCUCUGGAAAUGACAGUAUUUUUUGGGAAACCACAAUGGAGUCCUGGAUUCAAGACUAUAAAACCAUAGAUGGGAUCAACAUUGCACAUGCUGGCAAAACUUGGGUGUCAUUGUUCAGGUUUGGAGAGAACUCCGAGGGCCAUUCCAGGACUAGAAUGGAAGAGAUUUGGACAAUUGAAGAAGUAGAUUUUAACAUAAAGGGAUUGUCUAUGGAUUGUUUCUUGCCUCCUAGUGACUUGACGAAAGAAGAGGAAGGGUAUGGGAUUGUGCCAAGUAAUGUAAGGUUGCCAUUCAAGCUUAGAUAUGGGUCUAAUAGGGUUAGUGCUUCCAAAAUAGUUGCGAUUCAUGUUGAUGAAUGUGAUGAAUCAUCAGAUGAUGAAGAAUGGUAAAUUUGAUUCCUAUAACUUUGUAAAUACUAACAGUACAAAAUAUGUAUGCAUUUGUAGCUGCAUAUGAUACGCCAAAUUUUGAGUAUUUGAUACUUCAAUUGUUCUUCUACCAUAUUGUAAAAGU